UUUUCAAGUGCGCACACGAGACGCGGCUCCAUUCUCGAGAUCUGUUUUCGAGAAACUCCUAGGGAAAUACCCAUUAGAACACUCCCAUACCCCAGGCCAGUUCGCCAGUUCGCCAGUUCGCGGUUAACAAUGAGCUCUUUCACCGCCCACCUGUGGAUAUUACUCUUUGGUGGUCUGCUGCUAACUCAUCACUGCGUCCAAGGUCAGGCGGGUAAAGUGUCCUCCAAGUUGGAUUUCGAUGAGAGCGAUGGCAGCGAUGGCAGCAACAAUCAGAACCAGACGGGCUUACCCGGGCAACCCGGACAAGCGGGCGGAGCUGGAAACGGGAGCUACGACCCGGGAACGGGACGAAGCCUAAGUGGUGGAGGAGGAAGUUCGGGCGGUGGGAGCAGCGGUACUUCUAGCGGGGGAAAUCGCCCCAAGAUCCACGGAGUACGGGUCACCGUCGAUACGGGCGAUGGGCAGCAGCAAACGAAAGAGUCCAAGGAGAGCGUGGAAAUUACGGAUUUGGGCAAGCACAAGAAGCGUGUGGGCAUCCACACGGACAUCACCUUCGAAAUCACCUCCGACUCGGACGGGAAUGAGACCAGUUCCGCUCAGCAGCACGGCGACAAAGAGGACGCCAGUGUGCCCAUUUUCAAGGGUCGUGGGGGCAGCGAUUCCAAGCACAAGACCCGCAAGCCGUACGAUCCCAAGUCCCAGUGGAAUCCCAACUUCUCCGGCGAGCAGCGCGGCUACCAGGGAGCCAAUCGAGGUGGCUACCAGGGCUCCAGUCGCGGGGACUAUUAUCCUCAGUACUACCCCGGUAAGGUCUACACCGGCGGAAGUUCCGAUGCAGGCAGCAUCUACAGGAACGGCGAGACCUGGACGCACUACGUCCCGGUUUGGACCACGGAGCGGGUGCCCCAGGAACAGGGGCAGAUCUAUCGGCGGCCCAGCUGGAAGCCCUGCUACUGCAUGUCAUCCACGGAGUUCCGGCGCCGUCGGGAUAGCAAAGCCAGAAGGGAGCAGGAGGAUCAGCACAAGGGUGUCAUCAACAGUGGGGUCGUCCAGGUGGUGGACGGCAAGCUGGAGCGGCCCUUCUCGUGAGGCAAAGCCUUCUGCUCAAACCAAUUUCCAUUUUGUAAUUUUUUGUAAACUUAGGCAAUGCACAAGUAUAUUUAUAAUA